AUGUUCCAGCGUCGCGUGAUUGCUAGCAUCAAUACCUUGGAACGUGUGGCCAGUAACCGCCAGAUCCGUCGCAAGACACGUCAUCCAGCCAAUUUACGUGCGUUGCAACGUCAGCCUCAAGAGGAGGUCAUUGUUCCACCACUCAAGUAUGAGCCUACGUAUGUCCCAGAAAAAGUGAGCUUUAACGGCUGGUCGCCAGCUCCCAAGACGGCAUUACCGGGUCUGCCCUUUCACGUGAAACGCACAGCAUUGGGACUGCAAUUGCCAGUGUACCGAGACUAUAGGAACGGUCGUACGCGAGUACUGACGAUCCUUCGCCGUUAUAAAGGUGACGAGCAGGAGCUACGCGACGAGAUGUCCAAGGUGUGUGACGGCAAAGAGGUGAUUGUACGUCCUGGUCGCUUAGAAGUCGUGGGAGAUCACGCUAAUGAUAUCCGCAAGUGGCUCGUGGGUCUAGGCUUCUAG